AUGCUCAUCGCAAUGCUGUGGCGGCUACCUCUUCUCCUCGCUGCGAAUGUCGGCCGUGUCGCAGCUGAUGGGCAGCAGGUGCUUGGCUCCGACAACACAGAUCUGGAUCACAUCCGCGACAAACUGCUCGAGGCUCAGAUCAUACCCACCGUUAUUGAUGACUUCCCGCCCGCUCUCAGCCUUCGUGUGAAAUGGAAGCACGACUCUGCCGACCUAGGCAACACCCUAAAACCCAAUCAUCUCAAAAGGGCUCCCGUAAUUCAUCUUGACAAAGUUGAGUCUGACGCACUUGCUGGCGCUCAACUCUCCAAGGACAUGUCGUACGUCAUCGUCCUCACCGAUCCCGACGCACCAUCCCGCGAUGACCCCAAAUGGUCCGAAUUCUGCCACUGGAUCGCAGUGAGCUCUCAGCUAAAAUACUCAACGAACUCCAAAUCCAAACAUCACCUCAAGGACAUCAUCAAAUACAAACCUCCUGCUCCACCGCCCAAGACCGGGAAGCACCGCUAUGUCUUCUUCACCUUCAUCGCAGCCAAUGGAACAACCAAGAAGCUGCACCUGAGCAAACCAGAGGAGAGGAAGCACUGGGGAUCGGAUCAUGCAGGCCAUGGCGUUCGUGAAUGGGCGCAUGAGAAUGGUCUUAUUCCCAUCGCUGCGAAUUUUAUAUACGCGGAAAACGACGAGCAGUAG